AUUCAGGUGCAUUCAGGUGCACCGUAUCUACCCGAAAAACUCGUGAAUUUCCCGUAUCGAUUAGUCCUACAAAUCCUCUGUCGAGAGUAUUCAGAUUCGAUUGAAGCUCAAACGUGGAAGAUUUACUUGAAUGACAGAUUAAUGACGAUCGUUUUCUCGUGCUUGUGUCGCCUGCGUCUGGAUGCUCAGAUGUCGUGAUGAUGCUCGUGACGUAAUUGAAUUAACACCCGCGGUGGAGCAUAUCAGGCCAGGAGUUCAGGGGCCGUCGAUUCGAGCGAUUUAUUUACCAUUUUGCCCCGUCACUGUGAUCGCGCGUGUCAGAUCCUGGUGAGACUCGUUGAAGCUCACUGCGACAACGGACGCGAUGGACAGCAACAAAGAUGAGGCGGAGCGAUGCAUGGAGUUUGCGGAGCGAUUUAUGCGCGAGAGAAAGUACGAAGAGGCUGAAAAAUUCGCGCGCAAAGCUCAGAAGCUUUACCCAACAAAGAAGGCUGAGGAAUUGUUAGCGGAAGUGACAAUACUUUCCAAGCAGAGCCAGAAACCUGAGCCAACUGAGCCUAACGUCAGAAAGCGGCAAAAUAUAUCCAAAGAUGGAAUACAUUCACAAAGUAGUUCUGAAUAUACAAAAGAACAAUUGGAACAUGUGAAGAGGAUAAAAAAAUGCAAGGAUUAUUAUGAAAUCUUAGGAGUCAGCAAAGAUGCUACAGACAGUGAUAUUAAGAAAUCUUAUAAAAAAUUAGCGCUUCAGUUACAUCCUGAUAAAAACAAGGCACCUGGCGCUGCUGAAGCUUUUAAAGCUAUUGGUAAUGCAGUUGCUAUCCUUACUGAUCCAGAAAAACGGAAACAAUAUGAUACAUACGGUCCUGAAGAAGAACGUAUGCAGAAUGCACAUGGUCGUCAAGGCCACACACAUUACAGCUACACCCGUGGAUUCGAAGCUGACAUCACAGCUGAAGAAUUAUUUAACAUGUUCUUCGGUGUCGGUUUCCCACAACAAGAAUUCUAUAUGCGUCGGCAAGGUGGAAGAUGGAUGCGACAACAAGAUGCACAAGCGCAACAUGCUCAUUCUCAACAAGCCAAUGGAUAUACUACAUUUCUUCAGAUGUUACCAGUUCUAUUACUAAUAUUGUUAACUAUGAUGAGCAGUUUCUUUAUAUCUGAUCCAGUAUAUAGCCUACAUUCAAAUUCGAAAUAUUCCGUGGCUAGAACAACUCAAGUCUUGAAAGUGCCAUAUUAUGUUAAGGAGAAUUUUCAUAGCGAAUAUCAAGGCAGUUUACGUAGGCUAGAAAUUUCAAUUGAAGAAGAGUACGUGAGUAACUUGCGACAAACUUGUGCCAGAGAAAAGAAUUAUAGAGAAGGUAUAAUGUGGAAAGCCCGUAACUUAGGAGAUCAAGAUCUAUUUUUGAAAGCUAAAAAUCUCGAAACACCUUCGUGUAGAAGACUGCAAGAGCUGCAAGCUUAACAGAACAUGUAAACUAAAAAUAGAAGUUUUGUGUGCUAUAGAUAAAUGUAUAUUUACACAUAUAUAAUUAUAUCUUUGGGUGUAUAAUGAGAACUUGGCAUAUAAAGCGCAAUUAUACAUAAAACGUCUUUAUACA